GCGCCUUCAGCGGUGGAAACGGGAGAGCACAGCACAACCGUGGAGAUGGGCACACACGGGCAACUUCGCUCACAGCAAAGGCAGAGGAAGGGGGAAAGCGCAGCGGGAAAGGAACCAGUGGAAGCAAUGGAAGUUAUACCGCCACACAAGACACAGCGCUUAGUUCAAAAGGAAGACACAAGCAGCACUGGGCACAAUGAGCACACUAACACACACAAGCAAACAAAAUAA